AUGAAUCCUUAAGUAGAUUUUGGAAAGUCAGCUCUUAUGUUAUCAUUAUAAGUUGCAGCUUAAGCUAGUUUGUACACAAAAUUGUAGAUGGAGAGAUAACAUCUAUUUACAAGCACAGUAAUAGAUGCAACAAAUGAUUUUAAAUAAUUGUGUUUGAUUCAUUUAAAUUUUCUUCGUAAUUAGCUCUAUAAUCCUGGAUUAUAACCUGUUUUAGAAAGUUAAGAAGAAUAUAAUAAUAGAAAGUCAUCCUUGUAUUCACCAUUAUUAAAGAAUAGACAAUUUAAAAGUUUAGAACAUUCUUUAGAUAUAUAUGUAUAACCGGUUACUGCUAUAUAAAAAAAUAAAUAUCAAUAACCAUAAUAUUUUAGUGUUCAUUAGAGUACGAAAAGUGUAGAAACAUUAUCAUAGUAAUUAUCAUAAAUAAAGAUUGAUAAAUAAUAAGAUAUAUUGAUGAGUGAAAAGAUAGAUAGAGAACUUGAUAAUGUAGAUCCUUCAAUAGAAUUAUCAUAAAUUAAAGAUGAACACUAUAUAAGAGAGUUUUCUGAUGUUUAAUAAGAUUAAAAAAAGAGAUAAUAAUAAAAGUAUAAGAAGUUUGAAAAAAAUAAUUAAUUUUCUCAAGCUAAAUCUAAUUGGUAUGAAGAUGCAGAUAUCUCUUAUUAAAUAACAUCUCAUAGUGAUGAUUUUUCAGUUGAAAAUUCUCAUAAUUUUUAUUGGGAUGAUGAAUAAGAAGAUGAUGAUGAUAGUGAAGAGUUUUCUAUAAUGGAUUUUUAAAAAUAAAUAAUUGAUAUAUAACCUGAAAUUAUUGAAAAUUAAAAUGAAAAUAGUUUACCAUUUCUAAUAAAAACAUCAGAAAGUUAAAUAAAAAUUGAUCAUAAUACUCCAAAGAAAAAAAGAUUAUAUUGUAAUAACAAAAAAAUACCUGUUUGGGCAUAAGAUUUAUCAGUAUAAUUAUAAUAAUAAUAAUUUAUAGAUAGUAUAAUAAAAAUGUGGAUAAUAAAAAUAAGAUCCUGCUCAUUUAUUUGGUAUAUUAAGUCAAAAAGCUGUAGAUUAAGCAUUUUUAUUAUCUAAUAGUAAAUAAGCUGAAAAUUCUAUGAAAUGGAAGAAAUAAAAAGAGAUUUUAAAUAAUUAGAUACAAAAUUUGAAUUCAAAAAGUAAAGAAAGUUAUAGAAAAUUAAAAAAAUAUCAAUAAAAUGUAAGUAUAUAUAUUUAUAUUAUAUAAAGUCAAGUUAAAAGUUUAAUGA